AAACUUCCUAAAAUAUGCCGGAUUGUAUGGUUUGUAGAUCCUCCCUGACCCACGCAGGUAAUUGGAGCUAAAUACUUCCGAUAGCGACCGAGAGCGCGUCCUUUUACCUGCUGUCGCCCUCCUCAGGAAUUCAAGAGGAUUCGGAACAAAUGAAAAUAAAGUUCCCCACGAGACAUCGAUUUCUCUCCGCGCGAUUCCGCGUGAUUUGACGCCGGAGCCGACAGGAUCCACCAUAAGGAAUCACGAUGAAUUCAACGUCAUUCGAUGCGGAGUGGAGCUCCGAGCCGCACUGGCUCAAGAAGUACUAUGAUAAGUCAGUGCUCAGCAUUUUGGUUCUCAUCAUGUUCUCGAUGGGAUGCACAAUACGCUGGAAGGAGUUGAUGCACCAUCUGAGACGACCUUGGUCCGUGAUGGCUGGUCUAUUCUCGCAGUUCGUUCUCCUUCCUGCGACGGCUUUUCUCCUCAUGAAAACAUUCUCGGUGGAAGGCUAUUACGCGGUGGGGAUGCUUAUCCUCGCGUGCUCACCGUCCGGGACAACGUCGAAUAUAUUCACCUACUACCUGGAUGGAGAUGUGCCUCUCAGCAUCUCCAUGACGGUCUGCUCCACGGUUGUGGCGAUGCUCAUGAUGCCAUUCAACAUGUAUGUCUAUGGACACUCCUUGGAAAACAAUUCGGAAGUCAACAUACCUUACCUAAAGAUGGUGCGAUCUUUGAUGUACGUCACGGCUCCAGCCGCCUUGGGAAUGCUGGUAUUCUACAAGUUCCCAAAAGUCGCUCCUUAUAUAACAAAGCUUGGAUCCUUAGCGGGUUUCGCGAUGAUAGGUGUUGCGCAAGUGAUGAUCUUCCUCAUAUACCCGAAUAUAUUUUCCACUGUUCCUGCGAAACUAUUCAUCGCGGUCGCCAUAUUGCCGAUUGCUGGUUUGGUAGUUGGGUACAUAUUCGCCCUGGUCACUAAUCGACCUGCGCCCGCUCGGAGAACGAUAGCCAUCGAAAGCGGCAUACAGAAUGUCGGCAUGGCUAUCACUGUCGUCACUCUCACCAUUGAGAAGUUCCAAGAGAAGGCGUUGGUGUUCCCUCUUUGUUAUAGCUAUUGCAUGCUAUCGUUGUGCGCCUCCGCAUCGAUCGCCUAUAACUUGUACAUGAAGUUUUCUGCGGAGCUGCUUGAAGAGGAGGAUGAAGAGAAGAAGGUCCCCCCGAGAAUCUGUGAGGAACUGCUGCUAUAAUUUCAAACCUUGAGAGAGUCCACGACUGUGAGAAUCGCGCAUGUUCCGACAUUUCGAAUCGAUCGCUUGCAUUCGUCAUAUGCUCUCUUACAUGUAGCAUCCCGUUUCCUUGACAAAAGGGAGUAUAUCAGCAUGAAACGUACAUUCCAGUGAUUGACGCCUCUGUCCCUCGAUCGACGUCGCCGUCAAGGAUCGCGAUUCAGUCCCGUUAGUGUCGGAAGUUCCUAGGGAUUGCCUCUGUAGAUAUGCUCGAUACGUAAAUAUGAUACUUACAAUUAGUUAGAUUGAGAUAAAAGCGUCCUCGUCCAGAG